GAAGUAAAAGUAUAAUUUUACCUUAAAAAACAGCAUCAAGUCACAAUAUAAAAUGACUGUUAUUGCAUCCCCAAAAGAUUGAGAGUAGCCCGCACAGUCCAUACUCAUAAACCAACAGAGAACUCCUCAGUCAAUGGACGUGGAGUCAGGCACACCACCGCCUCCGCCAUCAGCCGUCGCGCCAUCCCCUAUAACCACCCGCCUCAACUCCUAUGUCGCUGAGAGCCGUAUCGGUAAACGCUUCAAGCUCACGGAACGCAACACUACCUUCACCACCGAGCUCCGCGCCGGCACCGCAACGUUCCUCACAAUGGCUUACAUCCUCGCUGUGAACGCCUCCAUUCUAUCAGAUUCCGGCGGAACAUGCUCCGUUUCCGACUGCAUCCCUCUUUGUUCCGACCCCUCCAUUUCGCCCCUGGACUGCGUUACCCACCCCGACGUCCGCCUCGUCCCCCCCGACGCCGCCUGCAAAUUCAACCCCGUCAACCCUGGCUACGCCGCGUGUGUGGAGAAAACACGUAAAGAUUUGAUCGUCGCGACCGUGGCUGCUUCCCUCAUAGGCUGCGCAAUCAUGGGCAUCUUCGCCAAUCUCCCCUUGGCUCUGGCCCCCGGAAUGGGUGCUAAUGCGUAUUUCGCUUACACAGUCGUCGGAUUUCAUGGCUCAGGAAAUGUAUCAUAUCAAAGCGCAUUGGCAGCUGUAUUCAUGGAGGGAUUAAUCUUUCUGUUAGUCUCCGCCGUCGGUUUGCGUGCUAAGCUUGCCAAAUUAGUGCCCGAAACUGUAAGAAUUUCUUCCUCUGCUGGGAUUGGAUUGUUUCUAGCGUUUAUUGGAUUGCAAAACAAUCAAGGGGUUGGCCUCAUUGGCUAUAGCGCCUCCACAUUGGUCACAUUGGGAGGUUGUCGGAGCUCCGACAGAACAGCGGUGGCGCCGGUGAUGACUUCAGCGAACGGCACCAUUUCUUUAAUCCCCGGCGGCGCUGUUUCGGACGACAUACUCUGCUUGCAUGGACGCAUGGAGAAUCCCACAUUCUGGCUUGGGGUAGUGGGAUUCGUGAUUAUAGCUUACUGCUUGGUGAAAAACAUUAAGGGGGCUAUGAUUUACGGCAUUGUUUUCGUGACGGCCGUUUCUUGGUUCAGAAACACGAAUGUCACCGCAUUUCCAAACACUCCGGCGGGGGAUUCCGCCUACGAGUACUUCAAGAAAGUAGUUGAUGUUCACAAAAUCGAGAGCACCGCCGGAGCUUUGAGCUUCAAGAGCAUCAGAAAAGGCCAUUUCUGGGAGGCCCUGAUCACGUUUUUGUACGUAGAUAUACUGGACACCACCGGGACUCUGUACUCCAUGGCCCGCUUCGCCGGAUUUACGGACGCCAACGGCGAUUUCGAGGGCCAGUAUUUCGCUUUCAUGGCGGACGCGUCUUCCAUUGUUGCGGGGUCGCUGUUGGGGACCUCGCCGGUGACGGCGUUCAUCGAAUCAUCGACAGGGAUAAGGGAGGGCGGGAGAACGGGCUUGACGGCACUGACGGUGGCGGGGUAUUUCGUGCUGGCCUUUUUCUUGACGCCGUUGCUGGCGUCGAUACCGCCAUGGGCGGUGGGGCCACCGCUGAUACUGGUGGGGGUGCUGAUGAUGAGGGCGGUGGUGGAAGUGGAGUGGGGUGAUAUGAAGGAAGCAAUUCCGGCGUUUAUGACUAUGAUUUUGAUGCCGUUGACGUACUCCAUUGCUUAUGGUUUGAUUGGUGGUAUUGGAACUUAUAUUGUACUCCAUUUGUGGGAUUGGGGAAAGGGAUUAUUGGAAAAACAUCCCAUGAUUAUUAGGAAUAAUUUCUUGGUAAAUAUUUAAAUAGGAAUGUACAUAAAUUUCUUUAAAUUUAAACAAGGGUUAUUACACUCAUUGUUCUUUUUUUUU